AAUGAGGUAGAACUUUGAUCUUUGUUUUAUGGUUGCGAGCACCUGCUGGUAUUUGAGAUCUCCCUUUCGGUCCCGUAAAUUUAGCAUCUUGUUCACUUGGCAACUGUUGUGGAAAGAUUGUAAUUUGUAGUGUGGGAACUCGUCUUGUUGUUUACAGACAAGAAUUGAUCUAAUCGGUGGAGAGUCAAGCCAACAAAAUGACAGACCGGGAUCUAGCGCGGGAGAAGGCAGCCAAGCUGUUAAAGAAGCAGGGCUCCGUGUCAUCGCUGGCCAGUAGUGAAGUCAUCAAGUUCCACAAAGUUGGGUCUAUGAGCACUGUCUCAGUAACUGAGGACACAGGGCACCAUGAUUUUAAGCCCCCUGUACGAUUUGAAAAUACAUAUCAAAUGGGACCAACCAAGAAAUUCCCAUCAGCCAAAGUCAAGAAUGUUAUACGAGAUGUCAUUGAAGGGUACCUUGCAGAGGAGAAAUACGAGCCGGAAUUGUGUAGACAGAUGACCAAAACACUAUCAGAAAUUAUAAAAGCAAGAGUCAAGGAAAUGAUGAUCCCCAGAUUUAAGAUAAUUUGCACAGUUCAUAUAGGAGAAUCAAAAAACUCGGGAUUAUGGGUAGGGAGCAGGUGCUUAUGGGAUGCAUCAUGUGACACUUAUUCCACAUUUGAAUACCGCAACAAGACAUUGUUUGCUAUAGGAACUGUUUUUGGAAUCUACUAUGAGUAGAAAAUACAUUGAGGUGAAUUUUACUGGAUCUAUGAUUUCUUGAAAUCUUUAAAAUGAUUGCAAGCACCUCCGAGUCAGCUUAAACAGUUUGCAACAGAAUCCAGAUUCUUCUUUCAUGCUGUAUAUGUAUAAUAUAUGACAAGAAGUCAGUGGUUGGUCAAUCUAUGUAACUAUAUAUAUAGGAGAAAAAUACAUGUACUGUAUAUGUAACAACGGUAAAUUGUCAACUAGUUUCUUAAUGUAAUUAAGUUUAUAAUUGUGAAGUUUGAUUUUAGUCCAAAUAUUUAAAUUAACUCCCAUACUUUUUCCCAAUGUUCACAACCACAAUUUAUUAUUUAUUAUAUGUAUUACAAAUUGUAAUAUUCUUUGUCAGAAGGAUUUUUAAAUCAGUAUGUAUUUGCAUGUAUAAUUUGUAUUUAUUAUGGAUAUUAAUUACAUGUAUACUGGUAUAUACAAAGAGAUUUGUACAAAAUUUUAGACAUUCCAAUGAAGUUUAAGUAUUUAUAUUGGUUCUACAUGUAUCAUUAUGCAAUCAAUGCAGAUGGCAUUUGUUCUGUUUAUUUAUUCUUUAGACUUGAAAAAUAUUUAUAAUAGUACAAAUUAUUGAUUAGAUCUUGUUUGAGAAAGUACAAAAUGUUGUUCAGAAGGGUUCGUUUUUUCACCACCCAAAACCUUUUUGGAAUCCUUGAUCAUUGCCAGUAUGUUUUAGAACUGACUACUUGGUCAAAGUUUCUCAGCUUUUUCAUUCAUUUAGAGAAUAUGCUGGUAAGGAUGUAGUCCUGCUGCCAAAGCUCUGUGAAUUGGUACUACAUUUGUCAUUUGUCGGGUCUCAGUAUUAUUUGAACACAGGUUAUCUGUUGUCCUGCUACUUAACUCACUUGCCAAAAUCAGUCAAUUUGAACCUGAUAACACAGAAUUAAUUACUGCUAAUAGUUGAUGCUUUGUGCAUGCUAUCACAAAAAGGUUUAAGUAUUUUGUACUUUUGAAUUUUUGACUUUUUUUAUUUCUUUAAUGCUUUAAAUAAGACCUAAAUAUCAUUUUUUUUUCAUGUGCUAUAAAAAGUGAUAUAAUUUGUGAUAUUUAUAAUUUAUAAUGAAAACCAGAAUAAAUCAUUUCCAUCUAUUUAUCAUACAUAUAGUAUACAUAUUUUCUUUCUUUCUGCUAUAUAUAUUUUUUCUAUGCAUUUAUAUUUAUAUUUUAUACAUGCUCUACCUAGCAAUACACCUGUCUCAGUGUUCUGUAUAAAUACCAAGUAUUCAAGGAUUUGUGAUAUACACGUAUAUUUUUUAUUUUAAACAAAUAUUAUUAUGUUAAUUAAAUUCAUUGAAAUCUGAUGUGAUUGAGGUAUGUAUGUAUAGAUAAACUGUUGAAGUGAUUGUUGUAGGGCUUAAUAUAUGUCACUUUACAGCGUGCAAGUGCUCUUUUGUGUUCAUAAUCAGAAUUAUCUUAAGAUUAUUUGUAUAUGCAUAUUUAAUAUAUCUGUCAUUUUAUAUAAUCAUUGAAAGCACACUCUUUCUUCUCUACAAAUGAGAAAUAAACUUGGUUUGAAAUUUACAAUAA